UAUACUGUGGCGCCAAAGCGUUGCACUACUUUUUUAUUUUUUUUUUCUUCGAAUGACACUUAUAACAUUGUAGUAAUAAUAGAAAUCAUACGUAUAGAGCGCAGUACCACUUUGCGACAAUGGUAUAUUCGAACGCGCGUAAAACAAAAUGACAUGAGAAGCAGUAAACUUCUAUUACUGGGAGGACUAGUACUAGCCUCCGAGCUUGUUUGGCAAUUAUACAAAAGGUUUCACGACCUCUGGACAAAACCCACUAACACCUGCGCAAUUUCUAAAGCAGACGUCAAUGAACCAAAACAAAACAUCUCAGAAGUUAUGUUCUUUACGAGGGAUUCCAGUCUAUGUCGAGCGCACGUUGCUUGCGAAGAAGUUUGCCUCAAAAAUAACUGUCCAGUUCGGUAUUUGAGAAAAUUGGAACAUUACAUAAAUCAGGCCGAACAAAGCUUGGACGUCUGUAUGUACAUGUUGACUUGUCAAUUAUUGUCGAUGGCGAUCGUAAACGCUCAUAAACGAGGCGUACUUGUGAGAAUUAUAUUGGAUCAAACCAUGGCCUGCAAUGAUGCUUCGCGGACCGCAUUAUUUCACAAUAAUCGUAUCGCGCUACGAUUGCAACAUUUGGACGUUUUAAUGCAUCACAAGUUCGUGAUCGUUGACAAUGACAUAGUAAUCACGGGUAGUACGAAUUGGACUAUGUCUGCGUUUUUUGGAAAUUUUGAUCACAUUUUAGUGACUAAUCAGCGCUCACUGGUCAAACCGUUCGUUACCGAAUUCAACAACUUAUGGAACAUAUUUCAAUCGCCGAUAUGCCCGGAAUUGCAAGAAGCUUCGGAAUAGUUAACCGCUGUUCGAUCGACGGCAAUUUACAGAAUGGUGUCCACACGUUUACGUCAUCUAUACUAUCUUAAAUUAUCACCUCGCAUCAUUCGCGCAACCGAUCUUGCGCGAAACACGCUUACUGCCUGGAGCGGUUUUUAUCCAAGAGAGCAUCGUACUUUGUCGAUUCGAGAAAAGGUAUCGAGAUCGGAGUACAAAUUUGAUAUACUUUUAUUUCGACAAUUUUGAUCCUUAUUUAUCCUCGCUUGGAAAAGAAAUGGAUAAAACCUGGAAUAGAAGGAUUUGCGAACGAAAAGUAGGGAGAGUCUUACUACACGUAUCGGAUCAACGAAGCGAAUCUAUUCGACGAAUCUUUUUCAACGCUGGACUCCAAUUUGCGAUCUGAAAUUCGGAAAAACAGAGGAACGGGGAAAUGGAUCGAGCUCGCGUAGAAAGAGAACGACGUUUCAUUAGUCUCUCCUGGGCGCUCGGAAAGGGAGGAUCUCCGAGGACUACAUGCUACGCUACUCCUUUUUUCAUCGCGCUAAGCUUACGAAUUUUGCGGAAUUUCGACCAAUUCUCCGGGCACGAUCUCUGCGUCAUCUCCAUGAAUCAACGAGGAGGAAGACACGUACACUCGUUUGUUACUCGUUAAAAUUGCUUUAUUAUACUAUUACGAGAGCUAUUAACGUUGAAUAUC